AUGCCUUUAACAGCAGAACAAGCAAUGUUACAAGUGCAGGAACGAUUGAAAUCGCUAAAAUCCCUCGUCUGCGAAAUAGAUACAGAACGCAAACGUAAUGAGACGAACAUCAACAACGUGAUACGCUUGACGAAAAUGGCAAGCGAAGACAAAUCGCCUGCCCUCAACCAUAAGCUCAAGACGCUGUAUAAAGUUGGCUUGCAGGACGCGCUGCAGGAGGAAACCCUGAUUCGACAAGCACUAUCGAAGAUUCAGGACAUUAGAAACAUACGCAAUGAACGCAGAAUUCAGGCCCGUAACGCAGGCAACAAAGAGACGAUUCGAAGAGGUGCGUUGAUGAAAAUGCUGCAAAUUUCGGCUCAAACUUUGCCGCUCUUUGUCAGCAAACCAGGAGAAAAAAUACCUCAUCUGUGUGGGUCCAUCGCAGCAGAUAGCAGCUACAUUGCCAAACCAGGUGACAUGGUGGCCGCGCUGGUAAAGAGUGAGGAAGGCGAAGAGAACUGGAUUCUGGCCGAGGUGGUACUGUAUGUGUCUUCCACGAGCAAAUACGAAGUGGAUGAUAUUGAUGAAGAGCAAAAGGAUCGCCACGUGUUAAGCCGUCGUCGAAUCGUGCCACUACCACUGAUGCGCGCUAAUCCCGAAACUGACGGGCAGGCUCUGUUUCCCAAAGGUACCACCGUGAUGGCACUCUACCCGCAAACCACUUGCUUCUAUAAGGCCAUUAUCAACCAACUGCCGCAGACGGCAAACGAUGAAUACGAAGUACUGUUUGAAGAUCCAACAUACCCGGACGGAUACUCGCCGCCGUUGUUCGUUGCGCAGCGAUAUGUUAUCGCUAUUAAGCAGAACAAAAAGACAACCUCUUGA